AUGGAAGGGCGUAAACAGAUUCAGCUCAACUUCAUAGACAACACGAGUGUUGGAAACUCGGGAUGCAUGGGACAAUGGAAGGAUUCCAAAGACCAGUCGAGUACGAAGGAUCGCAUCGAGUACUAUGUCGAAUUGGCCAAGCUGGCGGAACGGGGCAAGAUCACAACCAUCUUCUUUACCGACUCGUACGGCAAUCCCGAGACGUAUGAGAAAUCCGCCUCUGCAAUUUUCAUCGGGGGCGGCCAUGUCGCUCAUAUGGAUCCGUUGAUGUUUGCCGGACCCAUGGCCAUGGCCACCACCACGGUUGGAAUUACAUGCACAUGCACCACCAGCUACAUUCCACCCUAUAUUCUGGCUCGGAGCUUGUCGACAGUGGAUCAUCUGACCGAAGGUCGCCUCGGCUGGAACGUGGUCACGAGCUUCAACAGUGCGGCAGCGGACGCUAUGGGAUUGGAGAAGAUGAUUCCCCAUGACGAGAGAUAUGAAAGAGCGGCCGAAUUCAUGGAGGUGUUGUACGAUCUAUGGGAAGGUUCAUGGGAAGAUGGAGCCCAGGUAUUCGACAAGGAGCAAGACAUGGCGUACGAUCCCAAAAAGGUGCACAAAGUCGACCAUCAGGGCCGAUACUACAAGAUGAAGGCGUACAACCAUACGCACCCUUCGCCUCAACGGACACCGACGCUGUUCCAAGCGGGCGCGUCCAAGGCCGGGAUCGGCUUUGCCGCCCAUCACGCCGAGGCCCUCUUCGUCCACGGCACCUCGCCCGCCUAUGUGCGUAAGCAGGUCGACGCCGUGCGCCAGGCGGCCUACGAGGCUGGCCGCGAUGGGUCCAAGAUCAAGUUCUUCAUGGCCCUCCUACCCACUCUAGGCCGGACGCACGAAGAAGCCGUGGCGAAGCAUGGGAAGGCCCAGGCUUUGGCUUACUCGGAAGGCGGCGUAGCCACCAUCUCAGGCUUCAUCGGCGUCGACCUGAGCCAGUAUCCGCUCGACGAGCCGUUCGACUUCAAGGCCGAAGCCUCCGACUCGGCCAUCCACGGAUGGAUCAACUCGAUCAAGGCCGCCACCGCCGACGACACCGAAGGGCCCUGGACGCCGCGGAAACUCGGCAGUAUGAUGGGCAUGGGAUUCGGGCUCACCGCGCCCGUCGGCACCGCUGCAGAGGUCGCCGACGUCAUGGAGCGUUGGAUGGACGAGGCUGACGUGGACGGAUUCAAUGUGCAACAAUACGUGACUGGAGAGAGCUUCAAAGACGUUGUCGACCUCUUGGUGCCCGAACUGCAGAGAAGAGGUCUAUACUGGGACGAUUACCCAGUCCCCGGAGGAACAUUACGCGAGAAUCUGCACGGGAUCAAAGGACAAAAACUAGUCAAGGCGGACCAUCCUGCGCACCAGUUCAAAUGGAACGUCCGCAAGACCAACCAUCCUUCGCUGUGGGAUCUUCGUCAAAACGGACUGGAAUUGGCCACCAAGGAAAAGAAAAAGGCUACAACAAAUGGAACCACUUGA